AGGACCCGCCUUCACAGCAGUAGCAGCAGCAGCAGCAGCAGCGACGCGGACAGCAACUGCUGCGGCGGUGGCGGUGGCGCCCCUCGCGCCAGCGCGUAGAACCGCGGCAACUCCGGGGCCGCCGCUGGCCCCGCUGCCAUGAGUUGUGCGGAGGUGAUGUAUCACCCCCAGCCGUAUGGAGCGCCCCAGUAUCUGCCCAACCCCGUGGCAGCUGCAACCUGCCCCACAGCCUGCUAUCAUCCGGCGCCCCAACCUGGCCAGCAGAAGAAGUUAGCGGUAUACAGCAAGAUGCAGGACUCUCUGGAAGUCACGCUUCCCAGCAAACAAGAGGAGGAUGAGGAGGAGGAGGAUGAGGAUGAGGAGGAGGAGAAAGACCAGCCUGCCGAGAUGGAGUACCUUAACUCUCGCUGUGUCCUUUUCACUUAUUUCCAGGGAGACAUUGGGUCAGUAGUGGAUGAACACUUCUCAAGAGCUUUGGGCCAAGCCAGCACCUUGCAUCCAGAAUCUGCCAUUUCAAAAAGCAAGAUGGGGCUAACCCCCUUAUGGCGAGACAGCUCAGCUCUCUCAAGCCAGCGGAGUAAUUUCCCAACUUCCUUUUGGACCAGCUCUUACCAGCCCCCACCUGCACCCUGUUUGGGGGGAGUUCAUCCUGACUUCCAAGUCACUGCACCCCAUGGCACCUUUACAACAGCAGACCCCAACUCUUGGCCAGGACAUGGUCUGCAUCAGACUGGCCCUGCCCCUCCCCCUACUGCAUCCGAGUCCUGGCACUAUCCUCUGGCAUCUCAGGUGAGCCCGUCCUACAGCCACAUGCAUGACAUGUACAUGCGGCAUCACCAUCCUCACGCCCACAUGCACCACCGCCACCACCAUCACCACCACCACCCAGCUGCUGGUUCUGCCCUGGAUCCCGCGUAUGGGCCCCUGCUAAUGCCAUCAGUGCGUACUGCCAGGAUUCCUGCUCCCCAGUGUGACAUCACAAAGACAGAUCCGACUACAGUCACCACUGCUACCUCAGCAUGGGCCGGAGCCUUUCAUGGGACAGUGGACAUCAUGCCAAGUGUGAGCUUUGAUGCAGGUCUUCAGCAUCAGGACAAGAGCAAAGAAUCAGCGUGGUACUGAAUCAUGGUAUUAGCAAGUGAUAUUGCAACCUGAAUCCAAGGGCCACUGGGAAAAGAUGCCAUUGAGAUUUCCUAUCCAGCAAUGGGACACAGGAAAAAGUGGAUGGAGAAGAGAACGUAGAAGGCCAUUGUCUUUAGAUUUGAACUGUUCCUGGAGAAAAGAGUGGGUCCUAAUCAUUGAAGAGAAGCAUUUUGUCUGUUUUCCCUCAUCUGAGCCUUUGUCAGCUGUGCAACGUCUCGUUUUACUCGCCUUUUCCAGAACCUGCGUUAGUUUUUGUUUGUUUUCUCUUUAUUUUUUUUUUCUGUUUGAACCAGCCACCUUGUCAGAAGAUGAGCCAACAGAUGAAAUGCUCAUUCCUUCAGGAAAACCGUUUUGUAGUUUUCUCUUCUAUUUUUGUAGAAAUACAGAAACUUUGGUUUAGCAUGGAGGGGAUAUUUUUGAGGGAUGUAAUUUUUUUAAAUAUUGUAACAAUUGUUGAGUUCUGUUUAAAGAACUUGCUCUCAGAAAAGCACUGGUCAAAACGUGUUGAAGUGCAGCUCUUUAAAGUGUCGGGGAUACUCUGUGUCUGUGCUUCCUAGGGUACCUCAAGGGUUUCAGCCUUUCUCAGCAGUGGCACUAUUAUAGACAAACUAGUGCAGCAUUGAGUUUAUACUGAAUCUCAGUGAAGAUUUAAUUCCAUUAUAGCUCCCUUAGUUUGCAGUUAUAUAGUGCAGUUUGAAAAGGCAGUUUCUUUUAAAGGGCCACAGAUUAUAGCAGAUCUUAUUACUUUUAUUUCUCCCAAAGAGUUCUUGGAGGUUGACUAACAAGAUAGUUUAACUUAAUGAACAAAAAGUCAUCUCUCUAUAGUCCAUUGAAUCUUUAUAAUUGGGAAAAGAGCUUAUGCACAUCUUUGUUCAAUACGGGAAAAACAAUGCAUUUAGCCAUGAUACCUGUGGAUAGCAGUGACUAUCUUUCCUAAUUUCUAACCAUUCAUUUAUGGCAGUUUUGGAAGUCAUACUUUGAAGGAAUUUAUUUCCUGUAGUGAAUUCAAAUGAGUAGCUUCAGGAAAGGAGGGAGGCACGUGACAAAGCACUGACUGUUCCUCUCCAUUGUAAACUGACAAGUAAUGUAUUCUAUAUGUAAUGAUUUAAUUGAAGCAUGUUGCAAGAUUUUAAUUUUCUUUUGAGUGCAAUUAGUUUUGAAAAAUUGCAGAAAAAUCAGAGCAGCAAUGAAUUUAAUUUUAUACUUUAAUUAAUCACAGAAACUGAGUUAAAAAUUGAAAGUUUGAGAAAUGAAACUCACAUGGGCCACACAUAAAGAAAAGUGAAGUGUUGGGAUUAUUAACCUAGAGAGAAGAUUAAGCCAAGAUUACGAUUAUGAAGGUAGCGGUGACUGGCAAAUCAAAGACACAGUCACUUGUUUUUUUCAGUUGCUCCCAGCCAAUGGUUAUAUAGGCACUGAGUGUGGUACAGAUAUUUGAAUUUGAUAAUUUUCUCAUCUCUCUCAACCCACACAAAACAGAAUGUUGAGAAACGUGCUACUUUCUGUUUUUAAUUGUGUACAUCGUGGGUGUGAAUACUUUACACAUUAACGACACAAGUGGUUCAGCAGAAUCCUCACAACUCCUUUCCUAACAUUUUCCGUGGCUUUAUCAUAUGCAUUAGUUUCUCCCCCUUCUUGUAUUUGCAUUAUAAUCCCAUGUCAUUGCUUGUAUCUACAGACUCCACCAUUUCUUCAUCUUGGUUUUCUUUAAAACAGUCUUCACAUCCCCCCACCCUCCAUGGAGUCUAGACUUAUAGUAGCUUCCACUUGCUGAUACAUAAUUUAAAUAUCCAGACAGUGGCUUCAUUAAAUUCUGUUCUUUUUUGUCUGGACAUUGAUAAAAAGAAAAAAGAUUUUAUCUGCACAGACAUGUGGACCACAGAGUUGAAUGAAUCUGUCAAAUUCAUUUUGGCUUGAGUCCUCCUGUGUUUUGAGACCCAAGCUCUCAGCAACACGCAGGUGAGAGAUUCAUUGGCUAUUGUCUCAUCUUGUCUUGGAACAUACUGACUUACAUUGCAGCCUCUUAGAGUGGUGCCACACUUGAACUCAAUGAGCUUCUUUCAUUGGAUUUUCCUAGUUAAGGUGGGGUUAAGAGGGCCAACUCUUUGCUUCUUUCUUUAUCAUCAAAUUGGAUGGAAAGAGAAAGCAGACAGUUUAGUGAUUUUUGCUCUUAUCUUCUCUGAACUGUGGGCCAAACAUUAUUUGUCUCAAGGUUUAAUGAAAGUGGAAAAUCUGAAUCUUCUACAUGCAGCAAAGACGUGUGCUCUCCCUCCAUUAAAGAACAGGCAUGGGUAUGAGCGGCACACUGUCACCAAAGAUAUACAUCAAAAUCUAGUGAAAGGAGAGGAAACAACAUGUCUCAGUAUAUCACUCAAUGUUUUGACGUUACUCUAACAACCAGAAAUAGUAAAGGGAGUUAUAACAUAGCCAAAUAAAUAAUCUGAAUUCAUUCGCAUGUAAAGUGCUAUUAUACUCUGAAUAUGGAUUUUUCACUUCAAAGUAUGGCUGCUUUGUUGAAAGGUGGGUACCAGCUGCCCCUCUGACUUCAUUAAACCCACUCUACCUUUGACUAUUUUACAACUUAAUUUUCUUUCAGUCUAUCUGAAAACCUGUAAACAUGACACUGGAAAACUUUAUUAUUCUAUAUAUAAUCUAUUACUCCAUUAAUGGACUCUCCAAUCCAAAAAACAUCAUAAUGUUGUCUAUAUGGAUCCACACAGGAUAUAUGAUCUUUCUUUGUGACUUUGUAAAGGGCCUCUAAAGUUUAGAGUCUAAAAUUUUUAUGAACAAAGAAAGAUAAUUUUUUAAUUUUUCCAACUCUUCUCAUAUCUACUUCUUUUUAAGAUUUGCAUUAUGUUACCUCCACAAAAUAGUAACAUUGCCCAAAAAUGUAUAGAGUAAGAAUUAGUGAAUUGCAAAAAUAUUGAAGAAUACAUUUCCUGAAUUUAUAUGAUUAAAAAUGUUCUAUAGGAUGCCUAUAUGAGUUCCUUGUUUAUUUUACAAACAGUAUUUGUCCAUUUCUAAGCUUACAGAAAAUGGGAAAGGAAGGAGUUUUAAGCUCACUGUGUGGCUGAAGGUUGUAACUGUAAUUUCACGUGACAAAGACUGUAUUGUUAGAAAUUGCAUUCUGUCCCUUAUGAAAAGCAGCCUAUGUGAAAUAGCAUUUGCUGAAUUAGCCGAUGGGAGCGGCAGUAAGUGAUGGACAAGACAAGGACACAUGCUCCUGUUUCGACUGAGAGGAGAGUAGGGGAGAAGGACGAGUUAAUGUAAACUUCCUUUUCACCAAAUUGUUACUUAGCAAUGGCUUAUUGUGUGAUUUGGAAUGUCAUUUAUUUACCUCAUGAUAAAACUGGGAUAAUGCUACCUAAUGAGGAAGGCUGCAAAAGUUUGAAAACAUACAGAUAUGCCUGACUUAUAGUAUAGUUCAAGUAACUGACAGCCUCCACAAAUGAGCAUCAGUUCAAUAAGUUGGCUUUUAAGUUGAAGUCUUAAAUAUCCCUUUCUUUUUUCUUCCUGUUGCAUAUUCAUUCUUCAGCAGUCAAGUAAACCAGUGGCUGCUUUUCUCUAAGGAGUCAUGGCGAAGAGAAUCUUUUUCUCUUCUUACUUACAGGAGAAAAAUAAUUUCUGAGUUCUUAAUUAACUCUGAAUUUUUAAUACGGUGUUUAAGAAGGAAAGUUAAUUAAGCAUUUAGCGGUAUGUGGGAUGAGUCUGAGUCAUAGUCAUUCACAACUCCAUACAUUGCUGUCUCUGAAAUGAGGACAGUGCCUUUUUGCCUUCAAGCUGCCCGACUUGUAUUUGUCAGAUAUACAUUGUGUUUCCGUAGCACUUGAUUAAGAAUGUUUCCUUUCAAUUAUUCUCCCCCCCACUCCUUGUUUUUACUUUCCUUGGAGGGAAAGUUGCACAAUAUGGUGGAAAAAAAUUCCUCUCAUGGAAAGGGGGGGAGCACCCCUUUUACGAUCUCAGUCAGCGGAUUUACUCUAUUCGAGGGGGAAAAAAUGAACCAACAUUAUUGGAAGCAGAUGUUGACACUGUGUCAGUUAUUGAGGAUGGGAAGAGUUGACUCAGUCGUUGCAGUUACAAAGAGGUAUUGACGGCAGUCAGGGACCCUGUGAUGGAUCACCUUCCCAUCUGUGAGAGGACAGCAGAAGCUUCACGGAACCAAAUAUGAAGUCACUCUGUGAUUUUAACGUGCAAGAGACACCAAAGAUUAAGCCAGUUUGGUGUCUUUUUUUUUUUUUUCUAAACUCCUCCCUUCAGAAUGCAUAAUGGACAUCUUUCAGGUAAUGUUAAGGCUAGAGAGACAAGAUAAAACCGAAUCUCUUUAAAAAUCUACAGUUUGAAGCAUCCUUUCAAUCCACCAUUACAAGGCAAAAACUUUGAUUAAAAUAAUUUUAGAAAGAAUAGGCUAUUUGUGUCAGCAACUAGUUGAACACACAUAUACAAGCCAUGAAAGAAGGAUGACUUUGGUGUUUGGGGGAUGAAGGGAGUCAGCAAGGGAACCUUGGUUUCAAAUAGCUUUCCAGUGCUAAUCGCCAUGGUCACAUGGUCCGAGAACUAGGUCACAGAUCCAACUUGUAGAAUAUUGCAUAGUAGCUUUACUCUUAGUGCUUUCUGGGAAUUCUUAAACUGUAAAAUUAGUCAUAGUUAGAUGUCUUAACUUUUAAAUUUUUGCUAUGAGCUUUUAUUUGCUUGAAACAUUUUUGUGAUGUGAAGUGAUUAAUCAAGGAAAUACUCUUGAAGUUUUGACCAGUUUAUAUUGAUCCAGUGAUAUUUUCUAAGUCCGCCUUUUAAACCACAGGGAAUUCUAAUAGACUUAAAUGUAAUCUACCAAUUCUGUUAUGUUGUGAAAGACAACAGGGGCAUCUCCUCUUCUGGAAAGGGGCACACCAUCACCAAGAAGUUUCUUUUAGAAUUGUUUCUGACUACUAAAUUUUAGACUAAGAUUAGUUCCUUUUGAAUAUAAAAUUCCUUAAUGAGGUUUUCUUCUUUUUUGGCCUAAGAUGUGAACUUUUCUCUUUAUACUGAUAGAAGUAGAUUUAUUUUGUUGUUGUUCUGUGCUGUGGCUAGAGCCAAAGGUACUGAUUUUUACACACUUGGUUUAAUGUGUAGGAGAUGUAUACUUGUGGACAUUCUAUUUGAUUUAUGAACACUAUUCCAUAUAGGUACUUUUCAAAAUGUACAACAUAGGGUAAUGUUCAUGUGAGUUCUUUGUAUCAUUUAAGAAUGCAUAUAUUUAAAGGGAAACAUGGAUUCCUUUUGUUUUUAUCAUGUAUACCUAGGUAAGGUGAAAUACUUUUGUAAAGAAAAAGAUACACAAUAUGAUAAACUUUAUAUUUAUCACUUGAUAUGUAGACUGAAAACUGAUAAUAGAACUCAUAUCUUACAGCAUUGGCAAACAGUGAGAUUCCAGGUUUGUUCUGAGAGAAAUCACGCCACCUUGAUUUCACAUUUCCAGAAAGGAAAGCCAAGCAAUCUUGGCUAUGCUGUUGUUGUUGUUAACUAAUGAAUAAUGUAUAAUUCUUAAGACUUUUGACUUUAUUAUUGUAAAACCAUAUGAUUUUUUGCUGUUAUUCUUUAAAUGCAGGACUCCUAUCUGUGUCACUGAUAUAAAAUCAUGGAAGACUUUGUAAGAAAAAUGGAUGACAUUUUCUUUAAUUUGCUUAAUAAAUAAUUUAAUGUGACUUUAA